AUGUCUAAUUCAAGUAAGAAGCAGGAACCUGAGAUAUUAUCCGUGGAGGAGUACAAGACAGAUGCGAAAUGGUUGAAAUUGGAGAAUAUCAAAUGGAAAGAUCAAGAAGGUAAAGAGAGGAAUUGGGAAGUUGCAAAUAGAACUAAAAGACCUAAAGCCGGUGUAGAUUCCGUUCACAUUCUGGCGCUUCUUCAUCAUCCAUCGAAACCUGUAUCUACCAUCAUCAUAGAGCAGUACCGUCCACCUGCUGAAGCUACUGUGAUUGAACUGCCUGCAGGUCUGAUAGAUGAAGGUGAAGAUGCAGCAACAACAGCAUUAAGAGAGUUACACGAAGAGACAGGAUAUGGAUCAGGUAAAGCCGGUGAGGGUAAUGCUAGUGUCAAAGAGGUAUCGGAUGUAUUAGUCAAAGAUCCUGGAAUGUCAGGAGCCAAUAUGCACUUGGUCACUGUUGAUGUGAAACUAGGAGAGAACGAUCCUGACCCGGAGCAGAAACUUGAACCUGGUGAACAUAUCAUCAAGCGCGUAGUCGCUCUGAAGGAUCUACAUUCUACACUCAAAGAUUACUCUAAGAAGGGUUUCGCCGUAGAUGCUUUGAUCUCUAGUAUAGCCCAAGGAUGGGAACUUUCCAAACAACUUGCUUAA